CUCACUGGCUUCUCUCUCUCCCUCUCUCUCCACCUCCGACCGACCCCCCUUUCCCCUCUAUUUUUAUUGGCUUCCCACAGUCCCCGCUCCCCUUCGCUUUUCCUUGGGAGCGUCUCUGUCCACCCCCACCCUGCACUCCUGUCCGCAGAACCCCUCUGUGCCCCUACCCUCCCCCCCCUCCAGGACGUGUCCUGGAGGAGGGGGGGUGACGCACAAGGCACCCGUGGGAAGGCAGGGCCGGAGACCAGAUGGGAGAGGCUCUGUGGGCCGCCGUGGCCGCCCCGGGCCUAGGAGGGGAUUGGGCCGGAAGCUCUCUAGAAGUGGGCACCGUGUGGGGACCCCAGCUAAGGGUGCUCUGGGUGCUUGGGGACUGGGCAGGGACGGGGGACAGCAGGAUGAUAACAGCCUGGCGGCAAGCAGGGAAACCCUCAGCCCAUGGGCAGGCCCAUAGCUGACCACUGACCACCCUCCCCUCGGCCAUGGACACCCCUGGCUCUCUUUCAUCGACACCCACCACCUUGGAACCCGGGAACACCUCAGCGGCCUGGCCCCUGGAUGUCACCCUGGGAAACGUGUCAGCGGCCCCAAGUGUGGCAGGGCUGGCCGUCAGCGGCAUUCUGAUCCCGCUGGUCUACCUGGUGGUGUGCGUGGUGGGCCUGCUGGGCAACUCGCUGGUCAUCUACGUGGUCCUGCGGCACACGGCCAGCCCGUCAGUCACCAACGUCUACAUCCUCAACCUGGCGCUGGCCGAUGAGCUCUUCAUGCUGGGGCUGCCCUUCCUGGCGGCCCAGAACGCCCUGUCCUACUGGCCCUUCGGCUCCCUCAUGUGCCGCCUGGUCAUGGCCGUGGACGGCAUCAACCAGUUCACCAGCAUCUUCUGCCUCACGGUCAUGAGCGUGGACCGCUACCUGGCCGUGGUGCAUCCCACCCGCUCUGCCCGCUGGCGCACGGCCCCGGUGGCCCGCACGGUGAGCGUGGCCGUCUGGGUGGCCUCGGCCGUGGUGGUGCUGCCCGUGGUGGUCUUCUCGGGGGUGCCCCACGGCAUGAGCACCUGUCACAUGCAGUGGCCCGAGCCGGCGGCCGCCUGGCGUGCAGCCUUCAUCAUCUACACGGCUGCGCUCGGCUUCUUCGGGCCGCUGCUGGUCAUCUGCCUCUGCUACCUGCUCAUCGUGGUCAAGGUGCGUUCGGCCGGGCGGCGGGUGCGGGCGCCCUCGUGCCAGCGGCGGCGGCACUCGGAGCGCAAGGUCACACGCAUGGUGGUGGCCGUCGUGGCGCUCUUCGUCCUCUGCUGGAUGCCUUUCUACGUGCUCAACAUCGUCAACGUGGUGUGCCCCCUGCCCGAGGAGCCCGCCUUCUUCGGCCUCUACUUCCUGGUGGUGGCGCUGCCCUAUGCCAACAGCUGCGCCAACCCCAUCCUCUACGGCUUCCUCUCCCACCGCUUCAAGGAGGGCUUCCGCAGGGUCCUGCUGCGCCCUUCCCGCCGAGUGCGCAGCCAGGAGCCUUCCGCAGGGCCUCCGGAGAAGGCGGGGGAGGACGAGGGGGAGGAGGACAGGGACAAAGACGGGGAGGAGGGGCCCGCGGAGCAGGGGCAGCGGAAGGAGAUGAAUGGCCGGGUCAGCCUCAUCACACAGCCUGGCACCAGCGGGCAGCAGCGGCUGCCCGGCGGCCCGCCCGGCAAGCAGAAGCAGUUCUUGCCCCAAGAGCCCGCAGCUGGGGGCAAGUCCAGCGCGCUGCACAUCAGCUCUCUGUAGGGACCUGUGGGGACGCCAGCUUGGUCCAAGCACGAGGGGGCGGAGGCUGUGGGGCCCCCGCUUCCGUGAUGGGACGCAUGGAGGCCUGGGUUCUGAUCCCGUUGCUGCUGAGACCUUCUGUGUGACCUUGCGUCGGUCGCUUCCCUUCUCUGGGCCUUGUGUUCUCUUCUGUGACUCAGGGAUAGGAGGGCUGAGCCUGGACCGGCGAGAGGUCCGGAAGGGUCUCACUGGGGGCUGACCUUCCUGAGCCGACAGUUGCACGCUGGCCUUCCCCCUCAAACACAGAGCUUCCAGGCAGAUUGGCCUGAAUCUUGGCCCUCGGAGACCGAGGUCUGAUCUCCUGGGCUCAGAGUCAGGCUCACAGGGGCGGGACUGGGACCCCCAAGAGAAGAAAGUCUUACCCAGUGCAGGGAGGGGCACACAACUGCUGAGGCCCCACAUCCGCUCUCCCCUACCUGCUGCAAGGCCUCGGGGAGCUCUUCCCCUCUCUGGCCCCCCCCCCCCCCGCCUCCCUCGCUGAACAACCCUGUAACCUCCAGGCCCACUUGGCCCAGGCGGCCAGUGCCGGGGCUUCUGUGCUCCUGGACGUGAGACCAGGAGGAUUUACAGGAAAGUCAGUCUGUCCAGCUUCAGGGUCCCUUACCGCCUGGGCCCUUCCAAGGCCCCAUAUCUUAUUUUGUACUUGUAGUUUUAUAUUCUUUUUCAUAAGGAGGGACUCUAAACUGCAUAAAAUUAGGCCACCUAAAGCCUUGCUCAGCCCCCGCUGGGGGGAGCUGACCAGCUCCCAAAGCAGCUCACUCUGUGGCCUGUGGCUGGAGGGGGUGGGGGGAGGGUCUCUGGGCAUUGGAGGGCUCCAGGAACCUCCUCUAAGCAGCACUCAGUGGCGUUCCUCCCCUCCCAGAGACCAAGGCAGAGUCUGGGCCGGGUAGACUGGCAGGGAAAAGCAGCAUCUUGGCUGCAGGGCGAAGUGAAGGAGGAAGAGGAGGAGGGGGAGGAGGAAGAGGGAGGAGAAAGAAGAGAGGAGGAAGGAGGAGGUGGAAGACAGUUCCACUCUAUGACCUUGGAGCUACCCUGGGCCCCUCUGGGCUGAGCUCAGGUGCAGGACUGCUGAAAGCAGGUUUCGGAUGCCUGGCUGGAUCAAUGUCAAGGAAACGAUGCACUUGGGAUGGGAAAGCAGAGGAUCUGGAAGGCACGGUGCUGGCUCCUGGGGUGGGGGUGGGGGUGCUGUCUGUGCUGGUAAGAGGGGCGUGGUCUUGGUGGAAGCCUAGAGACAAAGCUGAGAAUCAGGGAGCAGGCCUCCCCCCCUCCUUAUUUCUAUUCUCUGGGGCUACAGUUUAAGGAGAUCCAGGGAAGAUAAAAAUGGGAAGGCUGGAGAGGGACCACAGGGAGGGGCCCCCAGGCGAGGACUCUCUCCCAGAGACAACUCUUUAGAGCCACCAUGAGGCUGGCCCUGGUGUGGGCUGUACCUCAGGCUAAAUCCCUCAAUCCCCCCACCCCCCAGAGGGCAGGGGGCUCCUCAGGGAAGGUACAUGAACCACACAUUGGGGAGACCUAGAUCUUCAACCCACCUCAGGAUCCCGCCUAGCCUUGACUGCUCCGGGCCUCAGUUUCUCUGUCCUAAAAUGGAUGUUGUCCCAGCUUGCCUACCUGCUCAGAUUUGGGGAAGAAAAUGAGCCACGUUGGGCACACUGCCGUACACACUGCAAUGGGUGGGGGUGGGUGCAUCCGAUUAUAAAGUGGAAAUAGACCCCAUGCUAUGCCAGGCUUGGCUUACACCUGCCCCUUCAUCAAGUGGCCUCUCUGUCUCUGGCUGUUGGAGGUAAGAAUACUGUGGGGUCCGAGAUAGUGGAAGGGGAGAGUCAGAAGCCGAAGACAGGCAGGGCUUGGGAAACACGGCGCCCUCAGGGAGUCACCAAACCAAACUUGGUGUGGUAUUGGAGCUGGAGAUCCGGCCCCCAGUCUGGGAUUCCCUUGAUGACGAUCUGGGGGUCUGAGUGAACAAGGCCCCCUCCCCCAGCAUUUCAGCAUUCCCUGGCCUGCCCUGCCUUCCUGAUUCCUGGGACAGGUGGGUCUGUUCUGCAAAAGCGUGGAUGGAAGACCCCUUAGGAAAAUCCUUUACUGCUCCUGCCCCUAGCUCUUGUCAAUAAAGACAGUGACACACAACAGCA